AUUGUCCAUGCAUGGUCAUUGGUCUCACAGCAACAAAGGGCAAUUUCGUAAAUCCAUCGCAAUCUAAUUUCCUCGUCCGUGACUUGUUCAACUUUGGCGUACAUAACACCUGCAAGGUAAACAGAUAACGUGAAACAAUCCAACAUGUUCCGUCACACUUUAUUUUCACUGGCCACGCUCCUUCUUCUCUUAUCCCACCGCGCCAGCACCACGGCGCCGGAGCAGGCUCCGCCGCCGCUUGCAGGCGCGGCGAGGGAGUUCCUGGAGGCGCACAAUGUGGCGAGAGCCGCAGUGGGCGUGGAGGCGCUGAAGUGGAGCGAGAAGCUUGGCAACGCGUCGAGCCUCAUGGUUCGUUACCAGAGGAACAAGAAGGGGUGCGAGUUCGCGAACUUGACGGCGAGCAAGUACGGAGGGAACCAGCUGUGGGCGGGGGUUAUGACGGUGGCGCCGGGCGUGGCGGUGGAGGAGUGGGUGAAGGAGAAGAAGUUCUACGUCCGCGAGAACAACACGUGCGUGGGGAAGCACGAGUGCGGCGUUUACACGCAAGUGGUGUGGAGGAACACGACGGAGGUGGGGUGCGCUCAGGCCACGUGUGUGAAGGAGCAAGCUAGCUUGACCAUUUGUUUUUAUGAUCCACCGGGGAACGUCAUAGGGGAGGCCCCCUAUUGAUCCACGCAUCCAACUAUGCUUAACCUAACUCUGCCUUUUCAUCCUCUCUUUAUCUAUUAUGCAUGCACCAUGCCUUUUUAUGUUUCGAAUAUGACUUUUGCCUAUGUUUAUUUUCUGUCUUCAUGUCAUUUGUAAUUUGCUAAUGUUGAUGAUUUUAAGUAGGAUGAUAACUUUGUCAAAUUUGCUUUGUAUUUUUGGUGGUUGGGAUGGUUAAGUGUUUGAGAAAAAAAAAAAGUACCAUUGAUAAAUUA